GACAAAGCUGGAGCCUAUGGAAUCCAAGACACCGGGUCAAGCCUGAUAGAAUCUCUCAAUGGGGACUACUUUACCGUUGUAGGGCUUCCUAUUUGCUCCCUCUCCAAAAAGAUUCGUGAAGGAUAUUACAAGGGAUUUUUUGGUUCGCCUAUUUUUGAUCUGGAGACUGUUUCAAAUUAG